AUGAGCGAUGCCCAAGACCCGGCCACAGUCCCUGGAGCUGGCACCCAGGUGAAGCUGAGGGGCUGGAGCCAUCAAGGUGAGGGUGAUGAGUCUUCCCACCUCCGCAGACACCAGGAGCUCCAGGCCUUCCUCCACCUUCUGGAGCACAGUUCCCUCCAGGAUUUCCUCUCCAAAGAUCCCUGUUUCCAGAUUUCAGACAAGUACCUCCUGUCCAUGGUGCUGGUCUACUUCCGGCGUGCCAACCUGCAGCUCAGCGAGUACACCCACAGCAAUCUGUUCCUGGCACUGUACCUUGCGAAUGACAUGGAGGAAGACCUGGAGGACCCCAAAAGCGUGAUUUUUCUGUGGGCCCUGGGCCAAGAUUGGCGUCAUCAAGUGUCAGACUUCCUGCAUCAGAGGGACAAGCUGUGGGCACGGAUGGGCUUCAGGGCUGUUGUGAGACGCCAGAGCUGCGAGGAGGUCAUGGCCAAGGAGCCGACGCACUGGGCCUGGACUCGGGAGCGGCACCCCCACCAUGGCAGGGCUCAAAGGAGCUUCCCAAAGGCCCAGAUCCCCCUCCCCGGGGGCCCCGGCCUCUCGCCACCCCACUGUUCCCUUUGUGCCUUGCCCCCUCAUCACAGGCUCUGCUGCCCCCGCCCCCGCCCCCGCCCCUUGCCUGUCUUACCCAAGUGCCUUUCCUACAAUGCUGAGUGGCAGCGCCCUUCAUCCCAAGCUUGGCCCUGGAGUAGGGGCUUCCUCAUUGUCCUGCCCACCCAGCUGCCGCUGGAGCCAGGCACCUACACCCUCCACAUCUUCUCUAAGCUGCUGCUGUGCCCUCGGCGCUGACACUCUCAGGGUGAAGAACAGUCCGUCUGCUUGCCUGCUGACCCAGUGCUCUACUGACUGUGGCCCCUACAGCCUCCUGUCUUCUUGGCCUCAG